AUGACGUCAAGCGAAGCCUCCGGUACUUCCUCGAGUGGUGUCGUUGUAAAUUCCGGCGAACCCUGGGCAACCGCGACGAUGUUCGACACGUCGGCGGUACCGAUUUUCACGGGACAAAACUACUCCGCGUGGAAGUUUAAGUUCCAAGUGCUCAUGAUGGAGCGGGGACUUUGGGGUCUCUUCGAUGGAACGGAGAAAAAGCCGACGGACAACGAGAGCGGCAUCGCGGCAUGGAAGAAGAAGGACCAAAAGGCGUUCGCUACGCUAAUCUCGCGGAUUGGCAUGAACCUCGUGAGCUCAGUGCGCACGUGCAUCAAGCUCGAAGCGUCGGCGCAUGAAGUGUGGAAGCGGCUCGAGACGAUGCACGUGAACAAGACCCUCCACGGCAAGAUCCUAGCCCGGAACGCGUUCUACACGGUGAAGUUGCGCGCGGGCGAAUCGAUGCACGAGUAUGCGACUCGUGUGGAGGAACUCGGGGAAACAUUCAAGGACCUUGGUGGAACGGUCACCGAGGAGGAUUGGAUUCUCACUUUGCUUUGCGGCCUUCUGGAAGAGUGGUCGACGGUGAUUACGACACUCGAUAGCGUGCAAGGCACUUGGACGAAGGAAAUGGUGGUCGGUCGGCUUCUCCAUGAGGAAUCACGUCGCCGACAAUUCGCGAAUGAGAGCGUGGAGUCCGCCAUGUACUCCGGAGGGAGUUCCGGAAAGAAUUCCAAGUGGAGCAAGGGUGCGACGAAUGAAUCGUCCGGUGGGAGCGGGCAUCGCGGCAAGUGUCACUAUUGCCGCAAACCGAAACACUUUUGGCGUGAGUGUCGGAAGCGGCCGAGCAAUUGGACUUUAUCGAAGGCGCGGGACGAAGAGGGCAACGCGCACACGGCAUCCGGCGAGGCCGAUGAUUCAAAGGAGUCGCUCAUGUUAGUGGCCGGCAACGGGAACGAAACUCCAAGCGACGCGUGGUUCCUCGAUACUGGCGCAACGCAACACAUGACGCACUCGGCGUCACUCCUCAACAACAUUGGCGCUCUGGGAGAUGUCACGAGCAUCGUGUUCGGAAACAACGAAUCGCUUCCGGUGGUUGGAGUUGGGAGUAUGCGCCUCAUCGUCGAUAGCGGACCGGUGGACGUCACGAACGUGCUUCACGUCCCGGGGGUGAAGGUGAACCUUCUAUCCGUCCCACAACUCGCGAAGAAGGGAGUGAUCGCCAACAUCGACGGUGCGAAGAUGAACCUCUUUUGGAAGGGGGAGCAAUUCGCGCAAGGUGUUCUCAACGGAGACAUCUACCAACUCAAGACGUACCCGAGAGCGGCUUCAUCCAACAUGGCUUCAUCCAACGUGGCUUCAUCCAACGUGGCUUCAUCCAACGUGGCGCAAGGUUCCAAUGCGACUCUCAAGGCGUGGCAUAAUCGGCUUGCGCACGCCAACUACGACUCGGUCAAGUGUUGGUCAACAAAGGACUCGCGAAGGGAGUCGACGUGA